UGAUUUUUGUAUGAAAGUUCAAUGAUUGUUUAUAAUAUUAAAUGGAUUCGAAACACGAUCCAGCUUUUUUGAAUAUUCUUCGCGAAGAGAAGAAUAUAAUAAAUUUCUUGGACGCUUUUUUCGGAUUUCUCUAUCGCUGCACCGAUUUUUACGUUGAAUCUACUCCAGAACAAAAGCUAGGAUUUCCAUCGGGUAUCGCCGAGAAGCUGGUGGUGAAUACAUUGAGAAAAUGGCAAAAUAUCAAAACGGCCACGGAUACUCAAAUGCAGUUCGAAGGCCCGCCGCUGGCUAUCGAAGAGAUUGAAGUUGCCGGGAACGAAGUUAUUGAAGCCAGUAAUGAAAGUCUUGAUUCUGCAAAUUCAGUACGCAAUGAGAAUGCAAAAUCGUCGGCAGAGGCAUCAUCCAGGUCGUCAGAUAGUUACAACGGUGCAUCAUACGAGAACUACAAGUGGAGUCAGACGGUAAACGACCUCGACGUGGUGGUGCCAAUCCCUGCAGGUGCGCGUCGCUCCAAGGACGUGCGAGUCGAGUUGAGCGCCGAUGGCCUCGAGGUUGCGGUUUUGCGCGAAUUAACUGACUUCAAAGCUGAGGAGGAAAGAGGGCUGGAAAAAGAAGAUGAAAAAUGGAAGAUACUCGUGAAGGGGCGGUUUUUGUUCAAGAUCAAGCGUUCCGAGUCAUAUUGGUGCUUGGAGCCUGGAAAGCAUAUAAAUUUACACCUGGAAAAAUCAAGCGAGCGUUGGUGGGAUGCAUUACUCGACAAUGAACCACGUAUUGAGCUGAGUAAACUCGACUGUUCACGUCAGCUCGAGGAUAUGGGCGAGAGCGAGCAGAUGAAAGUGGAGGAGCUCAUGUGGAAUCAGAGGCGGAAGUUGCUUGGCCAACCUACCUCCGAACAGAUCAGAAUGGAACGGAUACUACAGCAAGCAUGGAACGCCGAAGGCUCGCCUUUCAAGGGUACCGAGUAUGAUCCUUCCAUCGUCAAGUUCAACUAACGAGACAAAGAUGAUGACGGUGAUUUUCUAGAAGAGGGAUGACUCUUUUCUUUUCGGUACUGUAUAAGUUUGGACAGAAAACGAGUGUGGUUGUUCCCUUUUCAAAUGUGAGUUUGUGAAAUUGCAUAAGAGAAAUUUAGUGGAUACGUUGUCUUUUUUAUCAAUUAAAUACUGUUUUGUAAUUAAGAUACAUAAUAUAUAUAAGUUACUCUUUUUUAUGAAUAUUGAAUUAUACAAAAUU